GUUGUAGGCAUUGGUUGUAUGUUUCCAGGAGCUGAAAACAUAGAUGAGUUCUGGAAAGUUCUUCGCGAUGGAGAAGACCAUGUUCAAGAUAUACCCCCAGAAAGGUUUAAUAUUGAUGCUUAUUAUGAUCCCGAUCCAGAUAACCCUCGGAAGACCAAUGUUAGGAAAGCUGGACUCAUACAUAGUUAUGAUAAAUGGGACAAUAGAUUUUUUGGGAUCAACGAUAUGGAGGCUGAAGUCAUUGAUCCACAACAACAUUUUGUUAUGGAAACUGUGCACAUGGCUCUCGAAGACGGCGGUUUUACUCAAGAGAGACUAGACAGCUCCAACACUGGUGUUUACAUAGGAGGACUGAAUAAUGACUGGGGUAGUUUACUUCGUGUUACUAAUGAAAACAGCAGGAAUACUUCAGUAACAAGUGUUGAUACCAGUAUUCUAUCUGCAAGAGUGGCUUACUUCUACAACCUCUUAGGACCUGCAUUGACGAUUAACACAGCCUGUUCUUCUUCAAUGGUGGCAAUUGAUACAGCAAUGCAGGCAUUGAAAAAUGGUGAAAUAUCGAUGGCUAUUUGCGGUGGAGUCAAUGUCAUUCUAGAUCCAGAUACUUUUAUUGGCUUGUCAUGCGCACGAAUGGCUUCGCCAACAGGGAAAUGUCACACCUUUUCAGUCGAGGCAGAUGGAUACGCCCGUGGGGAAGGAUGUGGUGUUGUGUUGUUAAAAAGACUUACAAACGCAAUCCACGACAAAAACAAGAUAUGGGGGACAAUCUAUACGAAGCUGAAUCAGGAUGGCCAUAUGAGUACUCCAAUUACAUCCCCUUCUGGCAAACAGCAAGAGCGUUUGUUAGAACAAAUUUUCAAAGAAAGCAAGACGUCACCGUCCUCUGUACAAUACGUUGAAGCACAUGGGACAGGGACACCAAUUGGCGAUUAUAUAGAAGUGAUGGCACUAGGAUCUUUUUUUUCAAAGUAUUGUGAAGAAGAAAUACCGAUAGGCUCAGUUAAAACAAAUAUUGGUCACUUAGAAGCAGGUGCUGGAAUGGCCUCUUUGAUCAAAGUUCUUUUGAUGAUGAAAUACGGGUUUUUCGUUCCUUCACUUCAUGCUGAAAUAUUAAACCCCCAAAUACCAUUUAGUGCUUGUAAAAUGAAAGUUAGUCACAGUCUUCAGAAGUGGUCUGCAGAUGCCAAGGGGAAGAGAAUAGCUUCAGUAAACUGCUUUGGUUAUGGAGGAACGAACGCACACGCUAUCGUCAGGAGCCAUGAAGAAAGUGGAGCUUCUGUUCAAGUACAAAACAUGAAAAGCUGCCUUAGUAAGACAUUUUAUGUUCUCUUGUCAGCAAAGGACUUGAGUGCAUUAUUUAAUACAGCCAACCAUCUACUUCAGUUCGUUCUAGAUAACUUGCCUACAGUCUCAAUGGUCGAUCUUUCUAGCACAUCAAUUCAUUUUCGAAGUCACUAUAAACUUCGCAAAGUCUUUGUUGUUGAAAACGUAUCAAAGUUUGUUUCAGAAGUUGAGGAAUUUGUACAGAAAAAAUUACAUCCUACAGCUGCUAAGAGAGAAAUACCGAAAAUGAUAUUUGUAUAUUGUGGUGUUGGCACAACCUGGCCAGAAAUGUGUAAACAACUCAUUACUGAAGAUAAAAUCUUCGAAAACACUGUACGAGAAAUAGAUGACCAUCUGAGUUCUUACAACGACAUUUCUCUUCGUAUGAUUUUUGAAACAGGGGGAGAUAUCUCAGACCCUUUGAUAAACCAUUUAUCAAUCUUUGCUUGUCAAGUUGGUCUAACAGCGAUGUGGAAACAUUUGGGUAUCCAUCCAGACGCUAUAAUUGGUCAAUCUGUUGGAGAGGUUGCAGGGGCGUAUGCAGGCGGAAAUCUUUCCUUAAAAGACGCUGUAAAAGUAAUUUAUUUUCGGUCUCUUCAUUUGUCUGAAACCUUUGGAAAAAUGGUUCUUGUUCAACAUUGUCCUCUCGACGUCAUAGAAGAAACGUGUAAGCAUCUUACGACCGGAAAAGCAAAUAUUGCAGUCUAUCACAGCAGUGUCUCAUGUGCAGUAUCGGGUGAUACAGACGCUAUUGAAGAAUUAAAAGUAAAACUCGCUAACAAAUCAGGAAGAAUCAUACCUUUAAAUGUAAAGUGUGCAUAUCAUAGUCAUUUGACAAAAGAUGCAAGUAAAAUGUUGGAACAAAUUCUAUCAGGCCUGGAGAAAAAAUGCCCAAGGACAACAAUUAUAUCAACAGUCACCGGACAAAGAGCAGAUGAAAACUUUGGAUCAAAUUCUUACUGGGCUGACAAUGUAUUCAAACCUGUACACUUUCAAGAUGCUUUAAAGGAAGCAAAACGCACUUUCCCUAAUUCAAUUUUUCUUGAAAUUGGCCCAAGUCCUGUUUUGAGAACCCACCUGUCAAACAUAUUUCCCGAAACUGUAGAAGAAGCGCUGCCUUCCAUGAAACGAAACAAUGAAAUCGAUGUUUUUAGAGAAACUUUUAUUACUAUUUUUGAAAACGGAUUCCCAGUUGCAUGGCAAAAUAUCGUCCCAAUUCAGAAAUUAUUCCCCUGUCCAAAAUACCAAUUCAGCAAACGUAAGUAUCUUGUGAAGUCCGAGAAAAUGAAGAGGAUACUAAAUGGGGAUGAAGAGUACGAAAAAUCUAGUAUGUUAACCAGAAUGAGAAAUGGAAAUAUUGAGCAAUUUACGAUUACUUUGAGUCGAAAGAAUGCACCAUUUAUUUAUGCCCAUACUUUAGACGGAAAUGUAGUUGUACCAGGUGCACUGUAUGGAAAUAUUGCUUUGGAAUUAGGAACAUCAAUUUUCCUGAGCAGAGGAGUGACAGAAAUAGACAUUUCCUGGACCAUUCACAGAACACAAAUCAUCAAAGAUGCAGUACAACCUAUCGUAGUGAAAACAUUUGAAAAGGGAGAUAUUGUUCAUUUUGAAGCAAUUUCAAAUGAAAAUCAGCCAAUAUUGUCCACUGACAAUUUAGAGGACCAGUUUUCAUUAUUCUUAAAAGGGAAAGCCGAGAUGCGGAAUUUUGAUGUUAUUUAUAUCCCAGGAUUACCAGGAAUAGAAACACACACAACCGGAGAGGAGCUGAUGAACGCUGUAAAACAAACCACCCAUUAUUUUCUCGAACUUGUAAAAAUACUUUACGAAUAUGCGUCUCACACUUUAGUCAUAACAAACGAAGCACAGGCUUGCCAGUCUAGUCAAACACGGGUUAUUGGCGCUGAAUUAUGGGGAAUGGUUCGAGCUGUUUCACAGGAGGGGACACAGCUCUCUUUCACAUUGCUAGAUAUAGAGGACCUCAAUGAGAAUUCAAUGAACUACAUUGUAAAAAUUAUAACGGAAUUGGAUCCUGGGACUUCGUCUGCUCCUUCUGAGUAUGCUGUACGCCAAAACGUUAUUUAUAAAAAUGAACUAAAGAGAAUGCCUGACGAAUUUCACCAGACGGUGUUUAAAUCAGGUUUUCCAAAAAAACAAGAAAAUAUGUGUCUGAGAUAUAACUUCGACAAAGGCAUGCCAUCUUAUUUUGCUAUACCUUGUGUUGAAGAUUCAUCCUCUCUUGAUGUUUAUUGCAUCAGACCAACGCAUGCUCUUCCCUGCAUACCGGAUACUUUUUUCAUCCAGGACAAUUUUAUUCCUGAGCAUUACUGUUCAGAAAAUAGAAUAAAAGGUUUUGGUAUAACCGCUUGUGAAGUUGUUGGUAUAACAAAUGUUGAUGGCAAAGAACUAGAAGUAGUAGCAUUUGGGCAGAUUGAGCUUAAAUCAGAAAUCAGAGUGGACAAAAAAUGCGUUUUCGAAAAAACGAGUCUAGCUGGAUAUAGCCUAGGCAGCUUGCACGCAGUGAUAAUUGCAUUAGCCAUUGCAGAUUUAGUGGAACAAAAAGCAUUUGUGUUCAUCGAUUAUAGUAAAAAAUAUUCCACGGUUUUUCAUUUUCUUGUUUCUGUUCUUGAGGAGAAGAAAUGCAUUUUAUCAUGUUGUGAGACUGCAUACUCAAAGAAAAGGCAGAAUCUCGAAGCAGUUCAACUAGUUGUGUUGUCUGAAGAGGGCUAUGAUGAUCCUCACAUGUUCCGUCUUCUUUUCCCAAAUGUACAAAAAUGCAUUUUCUUAAAAGGUAGAAUACCAAGUAUAUUCAUGGAUCACAAUCUAUGCUUCUUUGAUGUUAUCAAUGUUGCUGACUUAUUUCAUCCAAAGUGUGGAAAAGUAACAUCACUUAGAAAAAGAUUACUAGCAAUUUUAAGUAAUGAUAAAAAGCUAGACUCUCCAACUCCCAAUCUCUUAGAAAUCAAUGAAAUCUUAAAUGACAUCGAGUUAAGAAUACCAGACGAACAUCUAAUUCGAGCAGACUCUGCUUAUAUCGUUGUUGGAGGGAUGACUGGGUUAGGAUGGACAAUCGUCAAGUAUCUAUCAAGAAGAGGAGCAAAGAUCAUAGUAUCGCUUUCCAGACGUUCACUCUCUAAUGAAAAUAAAAAACGCAUUCAGAACAUUAAACAUCUCCAUGGUGUUGAUGUUAUACACAAAGAAGUCGACAUAUGUAAUUUGGACAAGCUCACAGAAGUGAUAAGCUGCAUCAAACAACAAAUGCCCUAUAUUCCUAUUCGAGGUGUUUUCCAAGGAGCGGUAGUGUUGCAAGAUCAAACAGUUUUAAAAAUGUCGAUUGAGGAUUUUGAUGUACCCCUUAUGGCUAAGAUAAAAGGAACCUGGAAUCUGCACCAUCUCACAAAGGAAAUGAAUCUUGAUUUCUUUAUUUUGCACUCAAGUGCGUCUUCCAUAUUCGGAAGUCACUCGCAAUGCAAUUAUGCCGCAGCAAAUGCAUUCCUAGACAGCUUUGCUUUCUACCGUAAGUCGUUAGGACUCCCGGCACAGGUGAUAAACUGGGGUGCAUUAGAAGUUGGUUUAGGAUCCGACCCUAAAUUGAAAGAUUUCUUUUUUCACAAAGGAAUAAAUUUGAUGUCUGUCGACAAAGUUUACCGUGUUCUAACACAAAUGCUUUUGUCAGAUCAAACACAAGGAAUUAUUUUUGAUUUUGAUUUAAAGAAAUUCGUCAAAGCUAGAGGCAGUAAAAAGGAAAAUUCAAAGAUAACUGACAUUGUACAUUUUGCUGAUGUAUCGAUUUUGAAGGAACUUGUAAAUGACAAAGAGAACAACGAACCGAUUCAAAAUUUUGUGGAUCUUGUAAAGAAAACUUCGUCACAGGUUCUAAUGGUUGAUAUUUCAGAAAUUACAGACAGGCACACAUUAUCUCAAUUUGGACUAGAUUCUCAAAAUGUUGUCGAAUUUACAAAUAUGAUAUUUUCUGAAACAAGUAUUAGGAUUCCGAUCGUACUGUUAUUGUCAGGAGAAUUAUCAGUAUUAGAAAUUGCCAAAUUUUUGAGUGAAAAAGAAAUGUUGCGCAGAGAAUCUAUUGAAUCACCGGAAGAGGUACAAUCCAUAUCUAAGACAAUGUCUGUUGUAGAAAAACAUUUAAAGAGUUUUCAAGACAUUUAUAAGAACUGCUCAUUUGUUGCGACGUUUGCUAUAUCCAAAUCGAAAAAUCAGCCAAUCUUUUGGGAAAAUGUAGUCGAUAUCUUUUGUAGAAUGAACCCUAACUUACGAGUAAAAAGUUCUGAAAACGACUCGUCAUUGCAAGAUUCUAACAGUAUUGUUGAUAGUGAGGACUUUACUUGUCCAUUUGAAUGUGUGCAAACAAAGAUUUCCCCUGGUUUUGUGUUACAAAAUACUAAUGAUAUUCUAUACGUGAUACAUGAAGAUGUAGAUAGUAAAGCUCAACUUCACAUUUCUUGCAACAGAGUUGGACUAGAUGUUUUCUGUGCUAAAAUUAUUCUGCAUGACUUACAAAAGAUCGCAGCGCAUAUUCUUGCAUCACAACCCGUUCCAGCUUGGUUUGAUAAACCAAACAUUGAUAUCCUACCUGUGUAUGCAAACAAAUUGCAUGGAAUUGCUGAAAAGUGCACAGAAUAUUGGAAAAACCAGCUACAGAGAUGUAAGACACCCUGCUGUUGGAAAUCUAAUCCAAAGUACUCUGAAUUUGAAAAUAAGAAAUUAUCAAUCAGAAUUCCGAAAUCUCUAAUUGAAUUCGCAGAAAAACAUGAUUUGACAAUGUUUAUCAUUGUGUGCAGUGCCUUUCAGAUGACAUUAAACAAAAUCACUUUUGCUGAACGAAUUUCUCUGUUAACGGAGAUUGAUCUGCGCUCACAGUUUGCGGAAUGUCGAGAUGUAAUUUUGCCGUGUGCGAAUCUGAUUCCCCUUGUAUCACCCAAUUUUGAGGAUUCUUUUGUAAAAGUCAUUGAUAUUCUGAUGGAGAAUAAAACUGUUGUAGAACAAUGUAUGGGUCAUUGUCUGUUGCCAUUUGUAGAAAUCAUGGACCUUCAAGAAUUCGAUCGGAGUAUUCAUAUGAAAAAUUACUUCGUUUUUGACUCUUUGGAAGAUGAUGAUGAGCAAUGCAUACAUCUUAAGUCGUUGGAAAUGAAUACAGAUAUGGAUUGUGAAACAUAUCUCUAUGCAAAGCAUAAUUUGACGAAAAACACCGUAGAAUUAGAAUUUCGAUUUAGAUGUGAAUUUCUCUCCAGUGUAAAUACUUCAAGUAUUGUAAAUUUUUUCUUGGAUUUCAUACAAACACUUCCCGAAAAUUGCAAUCAAACUUUAGGCCAGAUUCAACUUCCAGCAAAGUCAGAAGAAAGCUUAGCUUUGUUUCCAAAAGGAAACAUUCUACUUAUCAAGAAUGAUGGGGAAAAGAAGCAACUUUUCUUCGAAUUGUCCGGGUAUCCGCCAAGUCUUUCAUUGGGUUCCGAGCGGGACACACAAAUUGCGUUGUCAGAUAUAGAUGAUUUCCAUAUUUUCAAUGUUAAUGGACAUCCUCACCUUCGUUUGCAACUUAAAGGGGGGAAGGAUGUGAACUUCGAGGAGUCUGAUAACCACUCAUUCCAGACUUUGGUUUCUUUCUUAAGAAAACAUCUGUGGUCCCAUGAAAAACAGUGAUACCUUUGGUUUAGAAUGAUGAUUAAAAGGCAUACGCCCUGUAUUAAAAAAAGAUGGAAAUCAUUAAGUUGAUUCGGAAUGCGUCUAGAAUACAACCGAACGCCGAAUAUUAAAGACGACAGAAAAGCUAAGAUACCCAAGUUCAAAACUUAUGAUCAGACCAGGACAAUCUACCUCAAGUUGGUAUCUAGUCUACAUUCGAAUUACUAAUACAGGUCUACGUACAUAUAAAUAUUGAUAAAUUUAUGCCAAAAACAAUUUUGAAGUGUUUUACUUUUGCUUGAUAUUCUGUUUAAAUAUUUUAUAUAAAAUGAUACAUAAUAGAUAUCCUCGAACAAACUCUGUUAGGACUAUGUAGAAAUUAUAAAAUGACAUUUACCUGAGCAUGCAUUGGUUAAAGUGCAUAUAUACUCAUGCACGGUUUAUGGAAGAUGAAUUGGUCAAAUGUUCAAUAAAGUUAAUCUUUAAAGGCAUUUUAAGAAAAAAAAACUAUUGCAAGGCAGCUUCGAGUCCAAAAUUAAAUAUGAAUCAGUCUGCUUAAAUUAUAUAUGAAAUGUACAUACACUAAUGUUGAUUUUAGGUGCACUGGAAAAUAGAUAACUCUACAUAAUAACUUUAUUAAUAUAGUUUUUGCAUCUGUUUUGAGUUGUUUCAUGUUUGCUUUACCAAGACAAACUGCUGCCAAAGACCAAUCUUAACCAGAAAAACAAUUUUUGAAUAAUUUCAUUUAGAUAUGACUGCACUUUAUUACGUUUAGAUAAUUUUGGUUUAAGGUUGUCUUCAAAUUGAAAAUGAUGAAAAUAUAUAUUAAUAUUUUCUUCUCAUAUUAUCGUAAGAUUAAGCAAUUUAUCUUAAAUUUAUCUAACCGACAUCAAUGACUUAGUUGGCGCAGUGGUAUGAUUACUAGUAUUCGAAAAUAAACAUGGUGAAUUUCGAGUCCAACAUGUUUCUAUCUUUACUUUCUUUCAUAUUUUUUAUGUUUUUAAAUACGCAUAAUAAUACACAUAUUACACUUUAAAAUGCUGGACGGAUGCCUUCAUGGAAAAAAUGUGCUGUAUUAGAUGAUGUAUGUGAUAUACAUGUAACACUUUUAAAAAAAUAUUUCAUUUUACCUUCGUUUUGUUUUGUGUCAUUUUUAUAGAAAAACCUGAAUAUUAACGAUAAAGUAAUUGUUUAUAUACUGAUUAAAUUUCUUCAAAUUUCUUACAUUUCCUCCUUUGAAAACUAGAAAACUUUUUACAAGCCUUUAUCCUGCCUUCUAUUAAUUACUGUAUGACUGUCUGGGGUAAUGCACCACGUAGUUACAUGGAGAGAAUCCCUAAGCUCCAAAAACGGGCCGCUGGAUUGAUUGAUUGCUUGAUUUAUUGUUUUUUAACGCCGAGUCGGCAAUAUUUCAGCCAUAUUUCGGCGGAGAAAUUUAAAUAUUUUAUGAAUGGUUUUGAAAGUUUUUGGUUUCUCUGGCGGCCCCCAAUGAGCCUACUCUUUGGCCGCUAGAAUUAUACUUGAUGCUCCAUCUAAGGCAUUAUUUGCAAAAUUAGGGUGGCUAUCUGUUUUUGACUUAGUAACUUUGCAUAAAUGUAUUUUGUUGUACAUGAUAUUUAACAAUCAGAGCCCGGUUUACUUGCAAGAUUUAUUUAUUUGUCAAACUUCUAAUGCUUAUACUUUACGUUCAGAAUCUAAUUUUGACCUUCGCCUACCAAAACACCGAACAAUUUUUUUAAGAAAUUCACUUCAAUAUUCGGGUGUUUAUAUUUGGAACAAUUUACCUAUAGAUAUAAAAUAUGCACCAACUCUGCCAAUCUUUAAACGAAAUGUAGAAAAGUAUAUCUUCAACAGCAGAACUUUAUUACUCUGAUUUAUGUGUAUCUUUUGCACAUGUAUAUAAUUAUACAAUGUUAAAUCUAACUCAUGUGACGUUAUAUUACUUUUUAUGUCAUAUAAAUAUGUAUAGGAUCUCACAUGAUUUGUAGUUGGAUAUGAUUUUUAUCCAACGAGUUGUGUGGGUUUUAUCCCCGAGCCUUGGCGAGGGAAUAAAAACACGAGUUGGAUAAAAAUCAUAUCCAACUACAAAUCAUGUGAGAUUCUUUUUAUCCCAUGUUUUUUACACCAAAAACAAUGUUUAGCACUGUUUUUAUAUAGGACUCCACUUCAUUUUACUUCAUCACUCUAACGCAAAAUCCAUUGUGACGUCACAACUGUGUGAUACGAAAAUGAUAUCACAUGAGCUAUAUCAACGGGAUAAAGGGUUAAACAUGGGAUAAAGAUCUUUGUUUAUUAUUACUAUUUUAUUAUGAUUAUCAUUAUUAUCACGUGACAUUGUGUAUAAUACGUGUAUUAUAACUCACUUUCUAAGUUGUUUAUCUUUGCUAAUUUGAUGUAAUAUUGUUGUUGUAAUUAGAAGGCCCUGAGGAAGAAUAGUGUGUCACACUAAUCAGGCCACCUUCUCUAAAUAAAGUAUUAUUAUUAUUAUUA